UCGAACGGCGCGGUAGGCGUCGCGACUCGUCCAUAACAAUGCCUUUCCCGACGUGGUUGUGGACGACGGUACUGCGAACGUGGGUACUUGGGGCGCUGGUGCGACACGGCGUCGUAGCUGGUAACCCGGACGCGAAAAGGCUUUACGACGACCUACUUAGCAACUACAAUAAACUUGUCAGACCUGUGGUGAACACGUCGGAUGUGUUGCGGGUAUGCAUCAAGUUGAAACUGUCCCAACUGAUUGACGUGAAUUUGAAAAACCAAAUAAUGACCACCAAUCUGUGGGUAGAGCAGUCUUGGUACGACUACAAGCUCAGAUGGGAGCCCAAGGAAUACGGAGGAGUUCACAUGCUUCACGUUCCAUCCGAUCACAUCUGGAGGCCCGACAUAGUCCUGUACAAUAAUGCUGAUGGCAAUUUUGAAGUGACCUUGGCGACCAAGGCCACGAUCUACCAUCAGGGGUUGGUCGAGUGGAAACCGCCCGCCAUUUACAAAUCCUCUUGCGAAAUUGACGUCGAAUAUUUUCCGUUCGACGAGCAGACCUGCGUUUUGAAGUUCGGCAGCUGGACCUACGAUGGUUUCAAGGUCGAUUUGAGGCACAUGGACGAAAAGGCGGGUAGCAACGUCGUAGAAGUGGGAGUCGAUCUCUCCGAAUUUUACAUGUCGGUAGAGUGGGAUAUUUUGGAAGUACCAGCCGUCAGGAACGAAAAGUUCUACACCUGCUGCGACGAGCCGUACCUAGACAUCACCUUCAACAUUACUAUGAGACGAAAAACGUUGUUCUACACGGUCAAUAUUAUCAUCCCGUGUAUGGGAAUCUCGUUUCUCACGGUCCUCACGUUUUAUUUGCCAUCGGACAGCGGUGAAAAGGUGACGCUGUCCAUUUCCAUCCUCAUCAGUCUGCACGUGUUUUUCCUGCUCGUGGUGGAGAUUAUACCGCCGACUUCACUCGUCGUACCGCUGCUGGGAAAGUACCUCAUUUUCGCCAUGAUACUUGUGUCGAUUAGCAUAUGCGUCACCGUGGUGGUGCUCAACGUUCACUUUCGCUCGCCUCAAACCCACAAGAUGUCGCCGUGGGUGAAACGGGUCUUCAUAAACUUCCUCCCGCGGAUACUGGUGAUGAAACGCCCUCAAUACUGCUUCGAAACCAACACGAAAUUUCUGGCGAAUCGGUUUCUGACUACCAGCGCUGCCAACAUCUCGACGUCGUGCAUCUACCCCUACCACACCACCGUGCGGAGGACCGACGUCAGCCCAAAGAGGAGGUUCGCAUCAAGCAGAACGCCUUCCAAAGAAGAAAUGGCGCCGAGUUUGGCAGACGGCGGCGGCCCGUUCGGCAGUACCUGCCAGAUUCACGGGCCGACGGUCGUCCCGUCGGCGACGCCCGCAGCGUCGGAGGACCUGACGACGUCGACUACGGCGGGGGCGGCUACCGACGACGACGGCCUGAAAAGUCCGGUGCUGAUGCGGAACCCCGCUUUCUCGCAUUUCCGGUGCCCGCCGGAAAUACACAAAUCCUGUUUCUGCGUCCGAUUCAUCGCCGAACACACGAAAAUGGUCGAAGAUUCGACGAAAGUGAAGGAGGAUUGGAAGUACGUCGCUAUGGUGCUCGACCGGUUAUUCCUGUGGAUAUUCACGCUAGCCGUGCUGGCUGGGACCGCAGGGAUCAUCCUGCAGGCGCCGUCGCUGUACGACGACCGAACGCCCAUCGACAAGAAAUUUAGCGAGUUCGCCACUACCGUGGUGAAAUGUCCCCCGCCGUAGGCCCGCUUUUCGUUUCCCAUUUGGAGAAAAUAUUUUUUUAACGUUCCCAUUUUGAUAUAUACCUGACGUUUUUACGAAAAUUUUCGACGAAAAAUUAAAACGCGUUAAAUAAUGUCCGAACGACGUGCCGAUAAAUAAAAUGGCGCGCGCGUGCGCAGGAAACUG